AUGUCACAACAAACAAGACCUCAAGAUAAUGGUACCAGAAGUACUACUAUCACUACUACUAUUACAAGAACAACAACAACAGAUGCACAACCAAUACUUAAAUUAAAAGCACCUGAAAAAUCAGCUGAUCAAGAUCAAAAUCAAGUUCAAUGGAGUGAAGAAACAGUUAAUAAUGAGCAUUUAAAUAGAAAAAAAUCAAAAGUAUGUUGUAUAUAUCAUCCUCAAAGAAACUUUGAUGACCCUUCAGAUACUUCAGACUCAUCAGAUUCAAGUGAUGAUUCACAAGAUGAAAAUGAAUCAAAAAUGACUGAUAAAAAACAACAUAAACACGAUAAAUGUUGUAAAAAAUCACAACCAAAUGCUUAUGAAGUUCAACCUAAGUAUAAAAAAUCAGUUUCAAAUUAA